GAAUCGUGGAGUUAUUUCAUGUCACGCAUUCGACGUGUUUAUGGCCAAGCCGAUCCACUUUUGAUUGUCUCUGAUCAGCAUAUCUCCAUUGCCAAUGCUAUCAGGAAUGAGUUACCAAAUGCAACCCACGGCCUAUGCUACUACCAUUUGCAAAAUAACCUGAAGCAUUACGGUAAGGCAGUGGUCGAGGUGUAUCGACAAGCUGCAUUUGCGUACGAGAAGUCCGACUUCAAUAGGGCUAUGAACGCCCUGAAGGUUAUGAAGAGAGCCGCGUACGAUAAACUAAUGGGGAUUGGGCCGGAGAAGUGGGCUCGUUCGAUGUGUCCUAUGCCUGUGCGACGCUAUAGUUUUAUGACAUCAAAUGCUGCUGAAGCUUUUAAUUCCAGAUUGUUGUGGGCAAGAAGACUUCCUAUAUGCUCGAUGUUAGAGGCAAUCAGAAUUGUUAUUGAGAAAUGGUUCAGCGAGCGACUAAGGGCUGCACAACAAAUCGAGCAAGGCUUGACUGUUGAGGCUGGUAAAAGGGUAGCUAUUGAAGUCCAAAAAAGUCGUCGAUACACUGCACAAAGGUUGAGUGGCAUGAAGUAUAAGGUGCAAACUGCUGACAGAAGCUUCAAGGUGGAUCUAGAGAAGAAAAAAUGCGAAUGUCGAGUAUUUCAGCUAGACCAACUGCCCUGUUCUCAUUCAAUCGCUGCAAUAAGUGAAGCCGGUGAUACGAUCGCGGAGUAUGUAGACUCGUACUACACGAAUGACUUUCUUAUCGAUACUUACUCUCGCGAAGUUAAUAAUCUCCCGCCGAGACGCCAGUGGUUGGUUCCCGAGCACAUCGCUGAGCAGGUUGUAUUACCUCUGAUUGUAAAAGGUCAAGCGGGGCGCCCAAAAGAAGGUAGACAUCGAGGUGGUGGUGAAGGCACCAGCACACAAGCCGAUGAGUCUUCUAGUAUCAGGCGUCGUAAACCAAAGAAGUGCAGCAUCUGCCAUGAAGAAGGACACAGCAAGAGAACGUGCGCUGGCAGGGCGACUGAGCCCAGGGAGUAGUGGGAUGUAUUUGUGUGCUGUAACAGUUAAUGAUAUUGAUUGAAUUAUCUUAUUAUUCGAUAA